CACAUCACUAACCUGUCCAGUUACUUUGAGGAAGUACUUAAGAUGCACACCUACUUGUGUCUUUUUAUGGGACUGUCUUAACAACUUAUCUCCAUCCUUUGUGUGUUUGAGUGUGAAUGAACAAAUCCGUCCUCUCUAGUCUCACGCUCAGGAUUUCGUAAUAAACAGGAUGACUUCUCAUCAGCCCGGGCCCUUUGUCAUGGCACACACCUCCAACCAGUGGAGCUCUGGAAUCUGUGACUGCUCUCAAGAUGUACCAGAGUGUUGCUUUGGGUUUUGGUGUUUUCCCUGUUUUGCCUGUUCGACGGCUCGUAAGCAUGGCGAGUGUCUGUGUCUGCCUCUGCUCGACAGAUUUGGAUGCAUUCCACCAAUAACAAUGGCCAUGAGAGUAUCAGUGCGCAGACGCUAUGGAAUCCAGGGUACUAUCUGUAACGAUUGUGUUUAUUCCACCUUCUGUGGCAUCUGCGCCUGGUGUCAGAUGUCCCGAGAAAUGAAUCUCCGUGAAAGCAACAUCACUCUUAUCCACAGUCGAGCAAAAUAAAGGCAACAGGGCAACCAACAACUUCCUUGCUGUUCUAUUCACCUAAAAGGACCCUCAUUGGAUUAGAUUACAUUAGAUCUGCACCAUUGUUUUUGUUCCAUUUAAUAAAAAGAGUUUGAUGUUUUCUGAUA